AUGCUGGGCUGGAUCACGGGGCAAGACGGGCAGGAGAGGCCGUCCACGGAUGAUUCGAGAGUUUUUGACCCCCCGCAAACACCUGGCCCUGUCUUCGCUUUACGCGCCUUUAAAAGUGCAGUGUUUGGGACUCCCACAGGUGAAGAUGAUACAGUAGUUGGACAGCGAAUUGUCUCCAAAGACCAGCCAGACUCUACGAUGCAGAAUAGCAAAGCUACCACCUCUCAGGAGGCGGAUCGACAAAAACCCAGUGAGAAGCAAAACUUGAGCUCAGAAAAUCAGCUCAGUCUAUCGCCGACGAAAAGCAUCCUAAUGACACCUGGAACAACAUCGAAUCGACGCAAAACGGUUUCAUUCGGCAGCACCGUUCAUCACGACGAGUUGAAGAAAGACAACCCAUUGGCGACGGAUGAAGCCACAACAUUUCCCGCUCCCGGCUCCGUAUCUUCUCAAUGGACAUCAGGGCAGAGCAGUGCAAACUCGAAACCAAGAAGCAAACUCACGCAGAGUCUACUCGACGCUCGGGAACACCGUACCGAAGAGCUUCCCAGACAGGUUGAGCCAGCACGAAGUGGAAAAUCCCCCUCUAGACAGGCGAGUCUGGAUGCUGUCGAUGCUGGUCUUGCCGAUAAAAAAGAUGAAACCGUCAAUCUCGAUGACCCGCAAUCCCAAUCAGGACAAUACUGGAAAGCCGAAUUUGACAGCUAUCGGAAAAGAACAGACAUAGAGAUCAGAAAACUUGUCCAAUACCGUUCGGCCACUAGAUCUUAUGCACGCAAAAAAGACGCAGAAGCGAUGCGCCUGAGGCUGCGACUGGAAAACGAAGAAAAGAAAGUUGUGGAAAUGGAGCGCCAUGUAACAGGGCUUGCCUCCGACAUGGUCAGCAAUGGGGGCGAGGGUGACAAAGAGAAGCUCGUUCGGGAUCUCACCAUACAAACCGCCUUGGCUGUUCAGUACAAGCACAAGGUAGACACGCUACGGAAAACUCUUCAGCGACAUGGAGUGGUAGGCACGAAAGAGGAGCAGACCGAAUCGGAUAGGUUCCUUAAGGAUAAGGAGGAGAUCUACAGGUUACAGUUCGACCUUGAACAAGCUAACAAAAAACUCAAAGAGAGAAGCCACGGCGACGAGUUAAUAAAGCUUCGAGAACUGGCCAAGUCUUCAGAUUCCAAGGUGCAGCAACUCGAGAAAGAAAAUGCUCAACUCAAGAAGAAUAUAACACGGUUCAAAAGCGAGCAGCGCAAGUGGGAUGCACAGCGAUUGGACAAAGAAGAGAAAUUGAAACAGCGAGUGACGAAAUUUGAGAAACGAAGCCAAGAAUACAAAGAGAAAUUCCUGGAAUAUCAACAGGUGUAUGAGCACGAAAGGGAAAAUCAACUAAACAAAAUCAGAUUCCUGGAAAAUAGAGUCGCCGAUUUGGAAAUUUCGAAGCGAUCGAACGGCCUGAGAGACAGUGAUCUCAGUCCCCCAGAAGAGUACCCAGGGGUGCGCGUUCAUGAUUUUGGUGGGCAGCGCGUGAAAAUACCCUCAAGGAACCCAGAGGACAUGACACAGGUAGGCAAUCAGGACCCAGAUAGUUGCCAAACGAUCCCCAAUGAUUUACAAGACGACCGUCCAGAUGAACGACGGGAUGUGAAGGACGCAGCGGCAGACAAACCGACAGAAUUGCCAAGAACAGUCAAAAUUUGGGACCCAAACAUCGACACCGACCUGCCACCGCCCUCUCCGCCUGGACAGAAGGAACGUCCGCCGUAUUCAAGAGAGCGCCCCGUGACACCUCCAUCGACAAAUCGAUCAGUGCAAGCGGCAGAUUCCAGUGGGGAUGGUAAGGCCAGGCCAACUCAGACUCAAACACCCGAUAUAAGCAAGACGCCCUUGUUACCAUUGUCGCAAAGCCGAUGGGCUACGCCUAUGGUCACACAAGAGAGAAUUGCUCCCGAGCGCGCCGCUGCAGCAAAGACUCGACUGGAGCAGAAACAACGUUUGCAGGGAGGAGAAGACAAGGAGAAUGAGCUUGAGAUCUUUCUUUAA